GCCAUACCUGUAGAACCUACGUAACGUAGGUUUGUUCGGUUUGCGUAUUAGCGAGCAUUAUCGUUGUCAGGAGGAGAAUAUGCAUUACAGAAUCAGAUAGUCAUUAUCCACAUGUGCUCAUUGUAAACCUACUGGUAUCGUUAUUUACACAUCUACGGUUUGGACGAAAAUGACCGAUUUGACAGAUUCCCUGACGAAAGAGGGCUGGUACCUCAGUGAUGAAGGCAUAGCAGAACUGAAAGGAUCUGCUGAGAAAAUACCACACAGUGACAUUAUUCGUAUUGCACUUGACAGUGAUUUUAGGUCUACUGGAAGAAAAUUCCUACCGUCUGAUAUCAAUAGUGGAAGAACUGAGAAGUUGGAGGGUCCAUGUGUUCUCCAGGUGCAGAAGGUGAGGAACAUCUCAGCUCCUAAAGACCAUGAGGAAUCCCAGGGUGCGCCUAGAAUGCUGCGUCUACAAAUGACAGAUGGGCAUACCACCUGUGUUGGAUUGGAGUUUAAACACCUGUCUAAGAUCAGUCUUAAUACCCCACCUGGAACAAAGGUAAAGCUCCUUGGUACAGUCCAGGUUAAAAAUGGUCUUCUGCUACUUGAUGAUUCAAAAAUCUCUGUCCUUGGAGGAGAGGUUGAUCACAUGGUGGAGAAAUGGGAACUACAAAGGAGUCUGGCAAAACACAGCAGGAGUAACAUUGGAGCAGAAGGUGGACCACCUCCUUUUGUGCCAUUUGGACAGAAAUGUGCAAGGAAGGAUGAAGUAGACAGCAGAGAACUAGACCAGAGGAAGACUCUCCAGACUCACAGUGUGGUCAAAAGUACUGACGAGAAUGAUGAGUUUGAAAAGCAGCGGACAGCAGCUAUUGCUGAGGUGGCCAAGACCAAAGAGGGUCCCCGCACGUUUGGAGGUGGAGGAAAUGCAGGCAGUAAUUUAUCCAGUGCUGCUUCCUCCUCCCGGGGCAGAGACUCAUAUCAGCAGAGGAGACGAGAAGACAGGUUUGAAAGACCUGAAAGCAGACAAGAUGGAAACUACCGAGAGCUGGUGGAUGAACGUGCUCUGAGAGACAUCAUGGAGAUGGGUUUUAACAGGGAGGCUGCUCGGCAGGCUCUGAUGGAUAAUAACAACAACCUUGAAGUGGCACUAAACAGCCUACUGACAGGAUCUUCUGGUAGCAGACCUGGCCCUGUGGUAGCUGAAUCUAACAAGCCCCAACCCAGAGCCAGAGGAAAGGGAAGAGGCAGGUCCAGAAAUGAAGAUGAAGAGGAAGGAGGAGGGGGAAGGCCAUCCGGACCGAGCACUCUGUUUGACUUUCUGGAAUCCAAGAUGGGAGUUUUCUCCAUUGAUGAGCCAAAGAGCCAGGCACCUCAGAGACAUCAUGAGAGUAAAGCAAAUUUCUCCAACUCAGACUAUUACUCCAAAGACACACCUCAGACCAAGUUCUCCUCGCAUUAUGACCAUAGGCAACAAAGGAAUGACAGACCACCUCGCUUCCACAGGGACACUGAUUUCCCCAAACCUGGCCAUGAGCCUCUCUCUAACUUUACAAUCUCCCAAACAUCAGCUCACACCCAGCAGUGGAAGGGCCAGGAGAGAUGGCCACGAGGUACAUCAGACAGAUCGCAGAAUGACAGGAGGGAGAUGCGAGAUGAGCAGAGUUUUCCUUCUUCUUUCACGACUACAUUCACACGUUCAAAAGAACCUCAGCAGCAGAUGGAGUUUAGCGGUUCUUACCACCAGCGAUCCAGAAAUGGAGAUUGCGGUGGUGGGAGCAUGGUUGGACCGUCUCAUAGGAGAGGGGUAAAAGACCAUGUACCCGCAUCUAAACUGACGAAUUCUGCAGGAAGUGAGGUGGAAGGAAGAGGAAAUAAUAAGCGUACAGACAGAACUGAAGAAACCAACAUCAGCAGGAGGAAGGGGAAGAUUGACCGGCCAAACUCAGACCACCUUGACCGACAAAGGGAUAGUGGGCCACCAAACUUUAACUUGAGGGGAGGAAGCUCAGGGACAUCGCAAGAAUUGGGGUUAUCACGCGAUUCUCGGAUCAUGACAGGGGAUCCUUCUCAUUUCCAAAAUGGAGAUGUGGAACACAAAAGAACUGGGCCAAUCAAGCCAACAAACUCGUCUUGUCCCACCAACAAGGAACCGCCCCCCAAGAAAACCACUUCUAAUAACUCAGGACCUAAAAGAAGGUCAGGACAAGGUAGAGGUCAAGGUCUUCGAGGACCAGAGAAAAGUCAUAUUGUGGAACAUGCUUGGAAACCUGGAGACCAGUGCCUGGCACUGUACUGGGAAGACAGCAAGUUCUACCAUGCCAGAAUAGAUGCUGUGCAUCCAUCAGGCUCCACAGCUGUGGUUGUGUUUAGUGAUUAUGGAAAUUGCGAAGAGGUCCUGCUGCAUAACAUCAAACCUAUUGCUGCUGAUGUAUUGGAGGAAGAUGAUGGUUACUACGACAGUUCACUAGAGUUUCGCCGUGGGGGAGAUGGACAGCCUAGACGCACGAGACCAACACAGCAGUAUUACCAGCCACCCAGGGCACGAGAUUGAUGUGACUGCGUUUACACUGCGUGCUUGUUCCACAUCCUUCCACGACAGAGAUUAUGUCACUUUCUGCAACAAUCCAGAGUGCUUCCUGAAUUUUUAAGUGUGCACGUUGUCAGGCCAUACAGGACUUUCCAAAGGGCUUGGACCUCAUGCCAAAAUAAAAGAAAAACUGACAUGAGCACCUGUUGUUUUUGUUAAAGACAUAUCUACUGUAUAUGUUGUGACGAUUUGUUAAAUGGAUGCAUUAAAAUAAACAGUUAUAGUAUGUAGCUGA